GUCUCUUUCAUCGGAGUAAUCUUUCGGUUCUCCAUUGAGCUUAAGGGUCUGUAUCGCCAAUUGCACGAUGAGGACAUCCUCUCCCAAAGAUUGUGUCCUUCGCUCUUCCCCGCAAUCAAUAAAGUCUUCCACGCUGGCAUCGAUCUGAAAUACCCCAGGCAGAGCACAGAACGUUGUGAAAAUCUCCAAAGUUGCACGCUGAACAGAGCAAAAUGUCCGACGAAAGCCAGUCGGACAACCGAAUGGUUCGACUUGCAAUCGAGGGAUGCGGCCAUGGCACUCUCCACGCGAUAUACGCGUCAGUGACAGAGUCAUGUAGAAUCAAAGGCUGGGAUGGUGUUGAUUUAUUGAUCAUAGGUGGUGACUUUCAGGCCGUGCGGAAUCAACACGAUCUCAAUGUUACUUCAAUGCCUCAUAAGUACAGACGAAUGGCAGACUUUCAUGAGUACUACAGUGGUGCAAGGGUCGCCCCUUACCUGACCGUGUUCAUCGGAGGAAACCAUGAAGCAAGCAAUCACCUCUUCGAGCUCUACUACGGAGGCUGGGUCGCGCCAAAUAUCUACUACCUCGGGGCUGCAAACGUCCUUCGAUUCGGACCUCUUCGAAUAGGCGGUCUUUCCGGAAUCUGGAAACCAUAUGACUACAACAAGCCUCACUUUGAAAGACUUCCUUACAGCGAGCGCGAUAUUGGUAGCAUCUACCAUGUCCGUUCAGUGGAUGUCAGAAAACUCCUAGCUGUGCGGUCGCAAAUCGACAUUGGACUUUCACAUGAUUGGCCACAAGGAAUUGAAAUGCUAGGCGAUCAUCAGUGGCUCUUCCGCUCCAAACCGGGAUUCCAGACAGACUCCAUCUCUGGCCGGCUUGGGAGCGUUGCCGCAAAAUACUGCCUAGAGUAUUUGAGACCGCCUUACUGGUUCUCAGCGCAUCUCCACACAAAGUAUGUCGCAAUUAUGCAUCAUGACAAGUACCAGCCACCCGGUGCCAGCACAUCAGUUGAAAACAAAUCCUUCUCGAAGAACAGCGUCCCGAAGCACGACACAGGAAACAUAGACCAGAGCCGGGAUCAGAAUGAGAUCUCAGCAUGGCAGCAGUUCGGUGUUGGAGCGCAAAGAGCAGAAGCUGAAGAAAACGGCCAGAUACUGCGCGAGAGGGAGAGCCGUCGUUUCGAGGAAGCGCAAACAGGUGUUCAUCGAGGGCCGCAGUACGUCUUCGAAGAGACUUUUAAACAGGUAGUCUCGAGUGACGAUUUGGCUCGAAACGUCAUCUCCACUACCACCAACCAGGUAGACCACGACCAGCAGGACUUGGGAAAAUCGUCUACAGUAUCUCAAUUGGACGGUUGUGUCUCAUCGAGACCCAGCAAGAAGCAGCGACUACACAGUCCUGACCCACAAGGAAAUGAUCAAGGUACUCUCAAUACUUCAAGUGCUGGCAACAAUCCUCCACAAGCAACUGCCAAUCCAGACGCCAUCGACAUUGAGAUGAGUGACGACGAAGAGGAGGUUGAUCACCCCCCUAUCAUGGAAAAGGCAGUCGAGCCAAGUGGAGGAUCGUCACAAGCUCGCGAUGAACCGACCAUUCAAACCCCUGCUGUCGACCAGAACAAGGCGAUGAAUGACAACUCUUACGAGAGUGAAGAUGGCGGCGUCGAGUUGAACUCAAAAGCAAGUUCCUCCGCCCCUGUCCCAACUGCAGGUGUCCCGCUCGAACACCAGGACUCUCCUUUAGCAUCACCCGCGUUUGAAGAUUCUGAGCCCCUGUCCCAGGUCAAGGCGUUGGAGCAGCCAGUGGACGCGGUGAAAGAUGUUGAUGCCAACACCAAUGCCAAACCUGAAAGCCAGGUCUCAGAAGAAAUGCGGGCUCAGCUCGCUGCCCUCUCAGGAACUUUCAGUCAGCGAGAACAAGUCACGACAUCGCCGGCUCUCCCACAUCCAGAGACCAUCACCAACAAGACAACCCACUUCCUUGCCCUAGGCAAAUGCGAACCAUUCCAAGAAUUCCUUCAACUCCUUGAAGUCAAAUCCAUCACAGAGCCCGAAGGCCCCUCCUCCCUUGUUCGUCCACUGAAGCUAUCAUACGACCCCGAAUGGCUUGCCAUCCAACGUGCAUUCGCGUCAGAGCUUUCCUUGGGCGGACACCCCAACCACCGUGCCCCUCCCCAUCGCGGCGACACCUACUAUCGAGACGAGAUUCACCGUGAGUCGGAGUGGAUCAAUGAACAUGUCGUGAAAGCCGACAAAUUAGACGUGCCAUUGAAUUUCACCAUUACCUCACCUGUCUAUGACCCUGACCUUCACGUGCAGCAGCAUGAGAUGCCUCGUGAGGUCAGCAACCCGCAAACCCAAGCCUAUUGUGACUUGAUUGGCAUUGAAAACAAGUUUGAUAUCAGUGAGGAAGAAAGAGACGCGAGGAUCCAGCAGGGUCCACGGCCAAGUGAUGACGAUCGAGGCGGAGCGAGAGAUCGACGCGAUGGUGAUGGACAUCGUGGCAGAGGAGGCGGUGGAUAUGGUGGUCGAGGUCGUGGAGGCUUCGGUUUCGGUCAUCGCGGAGGUGGGAGAGGUAGGGGUCGUGGGGGUGGCCGUGGCCGUGGCCGAUACCAUUGA